AUGUUGCCAUCUACUAUUUGCCUUCUUGUUCUCGCCCUCAUUGGUCUCAUCAAUUCGGCUGCCAUUAACUCUGGCUCCCAAGAUGUCAGCUACGAUGUACCAAUUCCUCGUGGGUAUACACGAGAACAAUAUGUAAAAUCAGUCGUCGAUUACUGGACAUCGGAAAGAAUGGCAUCGGCUAAACCAUUACACCCCACGGUCAGCAUGUCACCAAAGGUAUUCUCGGUUAAAGAUGACGAAGACAUCGGAGUCGAACGUGUUUUGACACCAAGUGUUGCAUCUCCCCAAACGCGUGGUGCUAACACGCCACCUGCUGCUGGCCGAGCUUUCUUUUCCAUGGGCGGAAAUACUUAUGUAUGCUCUGGCUCAGUUGUCAAUGCCGCAAAUCGAGAUACUGUCGUAACAGCUGGUCACUGUGUAUUUAACAACACCAACAAAGAAUGGGCAACAAACUGGAUAUUUAUCCCUGACUACGACUCUAAAGAACGUCCAUUUGGUACAUUCGUUUCGCGUAAAUUAGCAACGAAACAACAAUGGAAAGAUAAAGGUGAUUACAACAACGAUGUUGCCAUUGUUUUAUUGAAUACAAACGAAGACGGCCGCCAUGCUCAAGAUCUAACAGGUGCUUUUGGUAUCACUCUCGGCGCACCGACGUCAGCAGCUACUAAUGCAUUUGGUUUUCCAAUGAAUAUCAACAACGGCGAAACAAUGAGCACUUGUGCUUCGAGCUCGAAGAAACAAUCUCUUCUCUUAAUGUCUAGCUUCAAAGGUUUACAAAUCACGUGUGGUAUGGGUGGUGGUGCAUCGGGUGGUCCAUGGCUUCAAAAAUACAAUGCUGCUACCAAAGAAGGACAACAAGUGUCGCUGACCAGCUUCUCGUAUUCAUUGGCACCAGGCAAGGUCCACGGUCCUCAUUUCAAUACCGACAACAUCGGUUCACUCUUUCAAGAAAAUCAGAAUGCUUAA